AAAAAAAGAUUGAACGUAAUGAGUGAAAAGCAAAGAGGGUAACUCGUAUGAGCCAUAUUCACCCGCAUGAGUAAGCAACAAUUCACUUGACGGAGUAUCUCCAAUUAUUGUGUGGUAGAUAGCUCCGAGGAGACUGUCUCAUGCAUGCUUUUCUGUGUGUAUCUUAACAACUUUCAACUCUUGAUGAUAAUUGUUGUCGCUUGGCUCCUCCAUUGUCGUCGUUCGUAUAUGACGGCGUACGGCUGUGCCUGCACUGACUGUAGACUCACGACUCUGGCACCAUCUCCAGCUUUGACGCUCACUACCAGCAAACUAGAGCUGACUCCGCUUGGAAGUUUUCUCCACCAUUUGAGACCAGACCAUACCAGACUAUCUAGAGACCCUAGACCAGACAGACAAUCUUGAAACUGAAUUUCAACAUCGAAUCAUGUUAGUUGCUUGCCGACAUCGCAGCGCAACACGUCGUGUCGUUUUGUUGCGUACGUGUAUCUCUCAGAUACCGCAGUGAAUUUCACCUGAAGAUUAAAACACCUUCGCUUCGUGCGCGCUUGUUACACGGGACACGCGACUGUUGGCCAGACGAUCCUAUCCUAUUCCCUUGCGGAUAAUCCUAUCGCGCUAAUAGUUCUCGGAUAAAAGGCCUGUGGACUAUCUUGGAUAAUCCGGUGUGGACUAUCGACUAUCGGUUGUGGUGUGGCGCAAGAAUUUUGCAACCGGAUAGUGGGACUAAAUAUUAUUGCAUAUGGAUAAUAUCGACCGGCGUGAAACAUAUGACUGACUGUAGACCCCGAAGUGGAAACUUGGCGCACUACUUUAAUUCAUUAAAACGAACAGAAAAAAAGAUACCGAGACUAACUAAGCCCUAGUGUUUCAAAGACUUGUAGAAUGUUUCUAUUACGAAACGUGAUUUCUCUAUCAAGCUAAAAGCAAGCACCGGAUAGUAGUAACUAGUAGUGGAGUAUCUUUCAGAUACAGCAGACCUGAUUACUACUAGAUUCUUUCAGUUGGAUUGUUUGUUAGAUACGACAGUUCGUGUCGGGCAAAUCCGGACCUCAGUAGCCGCAUAAAAUGUUGUCACGCGGUUUAUUAUGAAAAAUUUUUGCGAGUGCCACUAGAAACUUUAGUUGUUUUAUGCCUUGGCUCCGUUGCAUGUACCGAGUACGUAGGUUUGCACGUCUAUGGAUACGUUGUACAUAGUGAUCUUGCCGCUUUCGCAAUUGCUGUCACCGAUUCCAUUCUAGUUUCGUCGCUAAAAAAAAAGUGGACUCUUAUUGCGAAAAAUGAGCUCAGUGCCGUUGAAUGCGGUUAUUUAUCAUCUUUAGAUAUUACGAAAUUUAACUAGAUGCAAUCGUGAGGCAAUUAAAGUGAUCGACAGUAGUUAAAGAAUUUGAAUUAGUGGUGGUUUUCGUGCUCGAGAUUGAUUGGUUUUUGACGGUUAGAUACUCGAUGUUGGUUUGGUACGCCGAAGGGACUGUAGAGUGUUGAGGUGCUGGUGACCUAGUUCGGGACUGGUGGAACCAAGCGGCCAAUAGUUUCUGGAUUUGAUGCGUGAUCUCAGAUGCGUGGUAUCAAAUGGAUAUGAAGGGUCUCUUACGGCAUUGUUCCAAGUCCUUUGAAAUGGAGUGAAACUGGUUAAUGUGCCCCCUUCCAUAGCAAUUGGGUGCAGAUGCCGCGAUUAUGAACCAGUUGUGCAUUCUAUUCCCUAGUAUUGUGUGAUCAUAAUUUUCAGAAAUAUGAGAAAUAGACUGUGUCGAUCAUUAAUGUAUACAUCAGUGCGAUAUAAACUCAGUCCGUUUAACAUAAAGACUAUUAUACAGGGCGAAGGCUAAUGAAACUAUGGCCCAGAACGCAUCAUCUUAUAAUCCGAAUCGAUACCUUCUGCCGCAUAAUUAUUUGCAUCAACAGCAUGGAUCACAAUCACAUCAACAGUCUCAGACACAAUCAUCAGGAUACUAUUGUGGCAACCAAAUUCCCUCACUACAAAACCAUCUUCCACCGCAUCAACAACAGCAACCUUCGCAACAGCAUAAUCCACCACUCUCAAGACAACACCAGCAACAGUCAUCCUAUAUGAUGGGUUGUUUCCCUCAAAAUCCAAACGGCUGGGCUGGUAUUCCUCUGAUAUCGACCGCUCCACGUCGGACUAGAAAGAACAACUUUGGAAAUAAUAACAACGGGUCAGGAAACCAAAAACCGCGAAUAUUGAUUUCCAAUAAUUCAACUGAAUACGAUGAAAAUGCCAUGAGCAGGUUGGCUAUUCAUGCUCACGGAGCACCGUUGAUUUUAGCUGGUAGAUACAGAAAUCGUGUACAGAAGCGAGGAGACCAAAAACAACAGCAACAAGGGACCAAUGCCAAUUGUACUCCAGCGGUGAAACCACACGAAGGGUCUAAUGCAACCGUGGAGUUUUCAAAUUCUGUGAAGCCAGCCGUAACUUCCUCGGAUAAUUCGACGACAGGAAGUGAUGAGAAUUCACCUAGUAAUGGGACCAACCAGGAGACAUGCUUGCCUCGGAUAAUAAAACCUCGAAAACGCAGAAAAAAGGAUCGGAAACCUCAAAAUACAUCUGUAGCAUGCUUACCUGAAGCCAAUACAUCUACCCCGCAAAAAAUCAAUACAGAUCUACAGGAUUUUAGUCAAGUGACAGUUACCCACGACACAUCAUUGUCCUCUAUUCCUAGACUUCUGCAUAGCCUGGAUAAUAUGCAGUCCAGUCAAGAUUUAAUUUCGUUCUCUUGCAAGGAAAACACUGCUUUAACUUCUCGUGAAGGGAUCCCGGAUUAUCCGAUCCAGCAGGAUUCUUCAGAUACAUCGUUUAAGAUGCAGUUGUCAUCGGAAGAAGAACCGGUAGCAUCGUGCUGCUGUCGGAUUUGUGAUCCCUCCUGUCGCAUUUGGGCAUUCCCCUUGCGGCGAUCUUGUUCGGAUAAUACAGCAGAAUUGGAACUGCAGAAGAGUAAUAAGGACGUAGGGGUUAUCGGUUCGAAUAGAUCCUCUUCGGCAAGAAACGGAACAGAUUGGCGUGGCUCAUCGAAAGUGGGUAGUAACCGAUCACUGUUUCGAAAUGGCAGUUUCAGUGACUCGGGAGAUUCGGGAUGUGAUCUUUUGAGCGGUAUCAACUUUGGAGAUGAACCGAUCUUUUUCAAUGGAUCCUCGAAUCAGAUUUCAACGUCACCUAUUGGGGACGAUCGGAGUUUUAUUGAUUUUCCAACCGCUGAGACAUUGCUAACUGAAAGCAUAAACGAGAUAUCUAAGAAACUUAUGGAAACUGUGGAUCUCCGAAGCGAUAUAUUCUCUUCGGAUAGUUCUAGUGUGUUUUCGGAUAGUGUACUCAGUGAUGAUAUGUUGUUUAAUAUCGAAAAUUUAACAAGAUCAUGCAACAGUAACGGUAGCAAUAAUAAUCUUCUGAAUAAUAACACCGCACAGGUGACAUAUCCCCCUCACACUGCUAGUAGUGAUCUCUUCACUGAUCUUCAGCAUUAUCCGAAUCAUCAUCAUCAUCUAAUAAGCAAUAAUAACAAUAAUAAUAGCAAUAGCACCAAUAAUAAUAUAUCAAAUGUGAAUUGCAACUAUUUAUUGAACGGAAUCACUGGUGAUAAUAACAGUAGUGGUAGUAGUAAUAGUAAUAGUAAUUGUAAUAAUAAUUUUGUGAUGUUCCACGAAAAGGAUCGGGAAAAUGAGAUUUUCAAUUGUUUCGACAUGGUAUGGAGUCGAAAUGAUCGUCAUAGUAAUCAUCAUGGUGGAUUUGGUGUUGGCGGUAUUGGCAAUGGCAGUAGCAGUAACAAUGGUAUCUUUGGCGGUACAAGACAACUUUUACCGAUCGAAGAGCAACGCAUACAACUGCAAACGACCGGCUAGAAAUUUUUCUGAUUUUCUUUUUUUUUUGUUUAUCUUUAAAUAUGUAUUUAGUAUCUUCAAUCGAUCACAUAUUGAUUUUUACCAAUAAAACGACUGUAUGUAUUCCAUGGAGAUAGAAUUAGAUUUUUAAUGAGAUAAAGCAUUACAAUUCGCGCGAUAUAUAUAUAUAUAUAUGCAAAUCAUCAUGAUCAUCAACAUCAGCAAUUUUUAGGCAUGAUCAAUAAUCAGUUUGAUCCAGUAACAUGGUAACAAUUAUUUUGAAGCAUUUUAAAGAUACCAUGAUUAGUAUUUAUAAUUAUUUUAAAGGGAAGCCUUCCUGCGGCUGGUAUUCAAACAAAAUGAACCACAUUAAUUUUGUUUUUCUUCAAUGAGGCUAUAGAAUGUUCUGUACAUGGUUUUAUACAUGAUAAAGUAUAAAUCUAAAUAAUUUUCCAUCAAUUCUACUAUUCGGGGGCAGUCCUUCGUCACUUCCGUGAUAUUAGUGCGUUUUAAUAUUAAUAUAAAUCCAUUUGGCUUAAAUAUCACUUUCAUGGAAUUCAUUUUACUAAUGUUUUUUUUUGAAUUUAUAUAAAAAUCAUUGAAGGGAAAAUUGAAUCCAUUCAAUUUUCACAGGUCUAAAACUUCAAAAUGACUAAAUGCUAAUUCCAUUUAUAAUGUUAAUUCUAUUUAUUUAAUCAUAAGAUUUCGGCUCAAACGAGGGUCUUUUUCAAACGAAACAGUUUGAUUUUCAUUAAAAGUAAUUAUAUUCAUAACUAUUUCCAUAAUCAUAUUGAGCGCACAAUGGAUUUUGACCACGGUAUAUCAUAACAUAGUCAUGGAUUGUAAAAGUACUAUAUAACAUAUAAUUCUUUCAAAGAUGACUUGACUCCCUUAAAAAUUGUCGUCUGAACUCCAUAACCCAUAAAUGCAUUCAUUCCUUCAAAAUUAUGAAUGAAUCCAUUUUUCAUUGCCAUUAACAUUCUAUCUUUCAAAUAUAAAUUUAUGGUUUAUUUUAUGGUUUCCUCAUUAUCUUUCUGUUAAUUCACGAUGGUACUCUAUUUCCAUCGUUUUUAAUAGUUUGUAGCCCACCUGGUAAUUAUGAUUGACAUUGAUUGCUGCUAAGAAUACUGUCACGACUUGACAUAAAUCUUUUUCUACAAAUUACAAUAUUCAGGUCUGGUUUUAUGGUAGAUGUAGUAACAAUUUUUGAAUCGUCUAAACCAUUAUUCAUUGGUUUUUAUGAUGAAACAUGUUGAGCGGCAACUUUGCAUAGUGUUUUCCUUUGGAACAAACUAUUAAAAGUGAAUUUAUCACAAUUUUCUAAUUUUCUGAAAGAAAAUUUUCUAUUUUCAAGCGAUUCAUAAUAAAUCUUUUGCUAUAAUUGAUAGUAUUUUUCUAUUUCUUUUUGUUAUUUCUACUUCCAUAUGACCUGUUGUGAUUUGCAAAUCAAUUUCUUUGAUUUUGACUGCACCAUCUACCGGAAAUAUCUCCAAACCAAAUCAAAAUUCAAGAAAUUAACACUAUUCUAAUUAUAUAAUUAUUAAUCAAUCAUACAAGGCUCAAUUCAUUUAUAGUACAUUAAAUUUCUCACCACUGCUCAUCAGUACUAUUUCCGUGAAAAUCCUACAAUUUAUAGAUUUCUUUUUUCCCUUUCAUAAUUAAAAACCAUGAAAACCAUUUUUUUCCGCCAAACAUUUAAAAACUAAAACCCCGCCUGCUUCCCCAUUGCGAAUUAACGACUGUUUACAUCCGUAAAAGUAUAGUUUUAAAUAUUGCUCGCACUACAAUAUUUUUUUAAUGGGUUCAGCUUUUCCGGUAUAUGUUGCUGUUUUAUGUGCACACUGUCGUCACUUUCACUUUCACUUUCUUCAUAUCUAAAAAUAUCCACACUCUUGCGAACCACAGAGGAAGAAGAAAAAAAAACAUUAGCAAAAGAGCGGGACGCAAUAUCAACUACUGCAUCCAUGCCCCCAACAACACCAACAACAACAAAAACUCUGCAAUCAUCAGCAAAAUUGUUAUAAUAUGACCAUCAUAAAUAUAUAUAUAUAUUUCUGUUUUAUUGUUGUGUAGUUGUUGUAUCAUUGCAAUAGCUGUUUUUAGCAUUGUACUUUUAUGUUUUUCUUUUGACUCUUUUUCUACGCGCGAUGUAUAUCACACAAACACAUCCAUACAUGAUUUUCUUCUUCUUUUAUCUUUUUUUUUUCUGUUUUGGUUCGUUCGGUAUAGUAAGAAAGUGAAAGUGAAAUGAGCGCACACUACAAAUUGCUGAAACUAAUUUAUAAAUAACGUAUAAAAUGCAUGAGGUAUCUUUGUGGAAAGAAGAACGUAUUUAAUCGUUAUGCACUGUAAGUGAUCAAAAGAAAGAUUCCGGAGAAAGAAGAAAGGUAGAUACAG